UCUACGACAACCACUGCAGCCCUAACAACAACAACUGCUGCUCCUACGACCACUACAGCGCCAGAACCUAUUACGACAACCACUGCAGCUCCUGCUACAACAACUACAACUUCAGCUCCUACGACAACCACAACAACAGCACCUCCAACAACUGUAGCUCCCACAACAACUGCAGCUCCUACAACAGCUUUAGCAUCUACGAUAACCACUGCAGCCCCAACAACAACAACUGCUGCUCCUACGACCACUACAGCUCCAGAACCUAUUACGACAACCACUGCAGUUCCUGCUACAACAACAACAACAACAACUUUAGCUCCUACGACAACCACAACAACAGCACCUCCAACAACUGUAGCUCCCACGAUAACUGCAGCUCCUACAACAGCUUUAGCAUCUAUGACAACCACUGCAGGCCUCACAACAACAACCUCUGCUCCUACGACCACGACCACUACAGCUCCAGAACCUAUUACGACAACCACCACUGCAGCUCCUGCUACAACAACUACAACUUCAGCUCCUACGACAACCACAACAACAGCACCUCCAACAACUGUAGCUCCCACAACAACUGCAGCUCCUACAACAGCUUUAGCAUCUACGAUAACCACUGCAGCCCCAACAACAACAACUGCUGCUCCUACGACCACUACAGCUCCAGAACCUAUUACGACAACCACUGCAGUUCCUGCUACAACAACAACAACAACAACUUUAGCUCCUACGACAACCACAACAACAGCACCUCCAACAACUGUAGCUCCCACGAUAACUGCAGCUCCUACAACAGCUUUAGCAUCUAUGACAACCACUGCAGGCCUCACAACAACAACCUCUGCUCCUACGACCACGACCACUACAGCUCCAGAACCUAUUACGACAACCACUGCAGCUCCUACUACAACAACUACAACUUCAGCUCCUACGACAACCACAACAACAGCACCUACUACAACACCUGCAGUUCCUACAACUGUAGCUCCCACGACCACUCCACCUGCUGUACUUACUUCAACAAUCACACCUACAGCUCCUGAUACCACAACUGUAACUUCUACGUCAACCACAGCAGCUCUAACAACAACAACUGCUGCUCCUACGACCACUACAGCUCCAGAACCUAUUACGACAACCACUGCAGCUCCUGCUACAACAACAACAACUUCAGCUCCUACGACAACCACAACAACAGCACCUCCAACAACUGUAGCUCCCACGAUAACUGCAGCUCCUACAACAGCUUUAGCUUCUAUGACAACCACUGCAGGCAUCACAACAACAACCUCUGCUCCUACGACCACGACCACUACAGCUCCAGAACCUAUUACGACAACCACUGCAGCUCCUUCUACAACAACUACAACUUCAGCUCCUACGACAACCACAACAACAGCACCUCCAACAACUGCUGCUCCUACGACCACUGUAACUCCACAACCUACUUCGACAACCAGUGCAGCUCCUACUACAACAACUGCUGUUCCAACGACCACAGUGACUGCUGCACCUUCUACAAUAACUACAACUUCAGCUCCUACGACAACCACAACAACAGCACCUCCAACAACUGUAGCUCCCACAACAACUGCAGCUCCUACAACAGCUUUAGCAUCUACGAUAACCACUGCAGCCCCAACAACAACAACUGCUGCUCCUACGACCACUACAGCUCCAGAACCUAUUACGACAAACACUGCAGCUCCUGCUACAACAACAACAACAACAACUUUAGCUCCUACGACAACCACAACAACAACACCUCCAACAACUGUAGCUCCCACGAUAACUGCAGCUCCUACAACAGCUUUAGCAUCUAUGACAACCACUGCAGGCCUCACAACAACAACCUCUGCUCCUACGACCACGACCACUACAGCUCCAGAACCUAUUACGACAACCACUGCAGCUCCUACUACAACACUCCUGAUACCACAACUCUUUAGCAUCUACGAUAACCACUGCAGCCCCAACGCAUCUCCAACAACUGUAGCUCCCACGAUAACUGCAGCUCCGACAACAGCUUUAGCAUCUACGACAACCACUGCAGCCCUAACUACAACAACUGCUGCCCCCACGACCACUGUAACUGCACGACCUACUACGACAACAAGUGCAGCUCUUACUACAACAACUACAACUUCAGCUCCUACGACAACCACUACAACAGCACCUCCAACAACUGUAGCUCCCACGACAACUGCAGCUCCUACAACAGCUUUAGCAUCUACGACAACCACUGCAGCCCCAACAACAACAACUGCUGCUCCUACGACCACUACAGCUCCAGAACCUAUGACGACAACCAGUGCAGCUCCUGCUACAACAACAACAACUUCAGCUCCUACGACAACCACAACAACAGCACCUCCAACAACUGUAGCUCCCACGACAACUGCAGCUCCUACAACUGCUUUAGCAUCCACGACAACCACUGCAGCCCUAACAACAACAACUGCUGCUCCUACGACCACUACAGAUCCAGAACCUAUUACGACAACCACUGCAGCUCCUGCUACAAUAACUACAACUUCAGCUCCUACGACAACCACAACAACAGCACCUCCAACAACUGUAGCUCCCACGAUAACUGCAGCUCCUACAACAGCUUUAGCUUCUAUGACAACCACUGCAGGCAUCACAACAACAACCUCUGCUCCUACGACCACGACCACUACAGCUCCAGAACCUAUUACGACAACCACUGCAGCUCCUUCUACAACAACUACAACUUCAGCUCCUACGACAACCACAACAACAGCACCUCCAACAACUGCUGCCCCUACGACCACUGUAACUCCACGACCUACUACGACAACCAGUGCAGCUCUUACUACAACAACUACAACUUCAGCUCCUACGACAACCACAACAACAGCACCUCCAACAACUGUAGCUCCCACGAUAACUGCAGCUCCGACAACAGCUUUAGCAUCUACGACAACCACUGCAGCCCUAACAACAACAACUGCUGCUCCUACGACCACUACAGAUCCAGAACCUAUUACGACAACCACUGCAGCUCCUGCUACAAAAACUACAACUUCAGCUCCUACGACAACCACAACAACAGCACCUCCAACAACUGUAGCUCCCACAACAACUGCAGCUCCUACAACAGCUUUAGCAUCUACGAUAACCACUGCAGCCCCAACAACAACAACUGCUGCUCCUACGACCACUACAGCUCCAGAACCUAUUACGACAACC